CAAGACAGGAGACAUCAACUAUUGAUGAAGAAGUUCGUCAAUUGUUUCAAGGGCGGAAUGUGGUCGCUGAUCGUCCCGCUCAAAAUAAUUCCCCUGCAUUCAAUAUGCAAAGAAACUUUAUCACAUCUGGAGCAGUUCCAGGGAUUUUAAAUAGAAGGGCCAGAAAGAGACCCAGAAAUGUUUGUGGCCCUUUCCACAAAGAUGUUUGUCUACUAACGGGUCCCAAUGACACAGACGUCCCGAAAGGCAAAAUACGCUUAUACCUGGCAGAGCAAGGGCAUCUGGUUUUAGGUGUGAGAUUUAUGAAGGAGUGGGAGCCAUAUGAGGUGCAAAACCACUUGCACACAGUCUUUGAAAGAAACCUGACAGAAAACAUUCAAUUUGAAAUAAUGGUGACACUCCACAACAAAUUAAUAAAGCCAAGUCUGGAGCGAGACCAAAAGAUGAAUGGACUGUUACUAAAUAAAAUUUUCAAGCAAAAAACUGUGUACCUUCGUCCAUCUUUACAACUGCUGGUCGUUCCUGCAAAUGCAAAGAAGAACAGAGGUACUCUGUCAAAUAAUGAUGAUGAUGAUAUUGAAAUAGAUUUGACUGAUUUCAGUCCACCAAUGAACAGCCUGAAUGUAACAGUUCUUCAGGUCAUUGAGGAUGCUCCUUCAGAACUCAUAGAUGCUCCGUAUUCGACAGCAGGUUCAGAUGGGCCUCUUAUCAUAACAGAAGAAGAAAAUGCCACAGUUUCCAGGGUUCUUGAUUGUCCAAGUGAAUGGCAGUAUGCUGCUUUAUUUGUUGAUGAAGAGCUCAGCGAAAGCUUUGAAGAUCCAAUACCCCUUUCCACUGGUAUUGAAACAUCCCACCAUGAACGAGAUAUUGGGGAUAUUCUCUGUGAGCUGGCCUCCCAGAUUGAUACAGAAAAUGUUUCCCUGUUUAAUAUCAGCCGGAAUCACCUAUGGGAAGGAGCGAAACGAGGCUUUAAAAAAAAAACUUUCUUACCUUGCAAAAGGCUUUCGGUGAAAUUUAUGGACGAUAUAGGAGUGAGCGAAGGAGCCGUCGACCUCGGAGGACCAAGGAGAGUUUUUUUAACCAUGCUAAUGGAGUCCUUGCACCAAGGAAGCCUCUUUGUGGGACCAGACCAUGCCAAGUUCCUAAACUACAUUAGUGGAUGUAAUGAAUCCAUGCUUUUUUAAUUCUUUAUCAUUACGUUUUCAGUCUGUCUAGGUCUAACAUUCUUUAUUUCAGUGAUAGUCUCGGAUGACUAUUUUUAUGCGGGUAUGACUAUUGCAACAUCACUGGUUCAUGGAGGACCUGGCCCACAGUUCUUAUCACCAGUACUUUUUGAGGCGCUUUCAAGUACACCCGAGUCCACAUUUGUGGCAGUGCAAGAUAUCCCUGAUAUGGACAUAAGGAACUAUCUGGAGAAGCUUCUAACUUACCAGGAAGAACAUUCAAACACAGCAAACUUAUUUUGAACCAAUCCAAACUCUGAUACAGCUGGCUGGAAUACACAAAAUUAAAGGAAGGGCUGAAAACUCUAGGUGUACUGGAUGCUAUGACCAAGUAUCCCAAUGCAUUCAAGCAUGUCAUGUGCUACACAGAAGACACCCUCACAGCCAAGACAUUUGAUGAUAUCUUCCGCCCUGUUCUACACCCAUUGGGCUCCAAUAAAAGGGGAACAGAAAAUCUUGUAUUGUCUCACUGGAAAGACUUUAUACAAGAACUACAAGAUGAGCCAUCAGAUGUCACAUUGAAGUCAUUACUAUUCUUUAUUACUGGCUGCAAGACCGUACCACCACUGGGAUUCAGACCAGAACCCACUGUAGAUUUUUUACAUGAUGCUGAGGACAAUGGAGAGAAAUCAAGAUUUCCAAAGGCAAAUACAUGCAACUGCACGCUGUUUUUGCCAACUGUACAUGUAGUUUAUGAAGAAUUCACUGAAGCCAUGAGAUAUGCUGUUCUAAAUUGUCAGGGCUUUGGCUUUGCAUAGUCAACUAUUGAUCUUCUGGUGUGCUGGAUGGUAGGGAUGCUCCAGAUAAAACCAAAGAAAGGAAAAAUAAAAAAAAAAUGAGAAAAAAAAUACAGUAUACUGGAUUUCUUGUUUUUCCUGGUCCUGGGGAGAUCUGUGUGUUCUGUUUUUUUUUCCCCAACUCAAUGAUUUAAUUGCACCCUUCAUUUAACUAAUAGUUUACCUAAUCUGAGCUUUUUCUUUUCUUUGGAGCUCUUAAAGUUAAUUUGAAGUUACAGGUAUAGAAAAGAAUUGUGAAACACUGCUUUAACCAAUUCAUCAGUUUCAAACAACAAACACUAAAUGGGCAACUGAUUUGAUCAUUUAUUAUUUCCAUGGCAAAUGCAAAUUUAUUUAUAUUAAAUAUUAUUUGUAUUAAAUA